AUGUCAGAUACCGCAGGAGCAGCUGUUGUUCCUCUCUCAAAAGGAUUUGGAUAUGGCAUCAUCCUAGGUCUCGGGUUUGCCUUUGCGCUGGGCAUGAUUGGCACGACAUGGGCAUUGAAAAGGUAUCACGGAGAAGUACAAACCUCUGAAGAGUUCUCAACCGCGGGGAGAACUGUCAAGUCUGGUCUCGUAGCCGCAGCCGUCGUGUCCAGCUGGACUUGGGCGGCGACCUUGCUUCAGUCUUCGGGUGUGGCUUAUUCGUACGGUGUCUCCGGCCCAUUCUGGUACGCGUCCGGAGCCACUGUCCAGAUCUUGCUGUUUGCGACCUUGGCCAUUGAAUUGAAGAGACGUGCACCCAAUGCCCACACAUUUCUCGAAGUGAUCAAAGCCCGCUAUGGCGUUGUGACACACGUUGUCUUCCUGAUCUUCGGCCUCAUGACAAACAUCCUUGUUACCGCGAUGCUCUUGACUGGUGGCAGUGCUGUGGCCAGCUCUCUUUGUGGAGUACCCACGGCCGCAGCCUGUUUCCUCCUCCCAAUUGGUGUCGUUCUAUAUACCAUGUUUGGCGGGAUCAAAGCGACCUUCUUGACGGAUUACGUGCACACGAUUAUCAUUCUUGUCAUUAUAUUUGUCUUUGCAUUCAGCGCCUAUGCCACCAAUGAGGUGGCAGGCUCACCGGGCAAGGUCUGGGAACUCCUUGUGGACGCGGCGAAACGACAUCCCGUGGAUGGAAAUAAAGAUGGCAGCUAUCUGACGAUGCGAAGUCAAGAAGGCGCUAUCUUUUUUGUCAUCAACAUUGUCGGCAACUUUGGGACUGUGUUCUUGGACAACGGCUAUUACAACAAAGCCAUUGCCGCUUCGCCUGUCGACGCAUUGCCCGGAUAUGUCAUGGGUGGCUUGUCGUGGUUUGCCAUCCCCUGGCUUUGUGCCACGACCAUGGGUCUUGCUGCUCUCGCCCUCGAGAACAACCCCGUCUUCCCAACCUACCCGAACCGCAUGUCCCACGCCGAUGUCAGUGCAGGGCUGGUCCUCCCCUAUGCUGCCGUUGCCCUCCUCGGAAAAGGUGGGGCAGCCGCUACUCUUCUCCUAGUUUUCAUGGCCGUCACCUCAGCCUCGUCUGCCGAGCUGAUUGCCGUCUCGUCGAUCUGGACCUACGACAUCUACCAGACAUACAUCAACCCCAAGGCCUCGGGCAAGUUCUUGAUCCGAAUGUCUCACGCUGCCUGUGUCGUUUACGCCAUUUGUCUGGCAUCGUUUUCGACCGGACUGUUCUAUGCCGGCGUCAGCAUGGGGUACCUCUAUCUGCUCAUGGGCUGUAUCAUUAGCAGUGCAGUCAUUCCCGCCACGCUGGCACUGAUGUGGAAGGACCAAAACUGGCAAGCCGCCGCGGGCGCCCCCGUGCUAGGCUUCGCGUGCGCCUUGAUCGCCUGGCUGGUCACGGCCAAGAGGGAGUGCGGUGUGCUCAACGUCGACUGCACGGGCUCCAACAACCCCAUGUUGGCGGGCAACGUCACGGCGUUGCUCAGCCCGCUCGUCUUUGUCCCCAUCCUCACUUUCGUCUUUGGCCGACAGAACUACAACUGGGAGUCGAUGAAGGCGAUCCGCAAGGGCGACGACUCGGACAUCCUCCGCCGCGCCAGCGUCGACGCCGAGAUGCAACGCGAGAUUGCCGCGCGAACAGCCGAGCACGAAGCCGCCGAGCAGACCAAGCUGAACAAAGCGGCCAUCAUCUCAAGGAGUUUGACCGGGUUCAUGACCAUUGCCCUAUUGGUGCUGUGGCCCAUGCCCAUGUACGGGACGGGAUAUAUCUUUUCCAAGAAAUUCUUUACCGGCUGGGUCGUCGUCGGCAUCCUCUGGCUCUUCUGCUCCAGCUUCUGCGUCGGCCUUUUCCCGCUCUGGCAAGGCCGCAAAACCAUGGCCCAUACUGUCAAAUCCAUCUUCCUCGACGUCGCGGGCAAGAGGGGAUCUGCUCUCCACGGCCGCCCCGCCGAGGUUGUCGAAGGCGAGGACGAGGAGACCAGCGGACAACAGACCCCCCACGAUGGCGCGGAGAAGGUCGUGGUUAAGACCGAUUGA